AUGACUUGGUUGCCACUCGUUCAGAAUAUCUUCCUGCUCUUCUUCUCCUCUACACACACGGAAAUGGAUUCCCUUUGAAAAGACAAAGCUUUGUUUUGUGAAACGAAAAAGACAAAAUUGGAAGCAAUGGAAAAUCAAAACACGUAACCAACUAACCAACCAGCAACCUUCCCGUUCAUUGAUUGAUUGUCAACUGAAAAACCUCGAACCAAACCAACCCACAAAAACGAAGCCGAUAACAACCUCCAUUUUUUUCCCGCCAAAAUUAUGAUACUACGAUUCCCACUUCCACUUCAUCUUCAUCUUCAUCUCAAUCAACUUUCGGUUCCGAACUCCUUAUCACCCAAACGCUUCAUCACCCCACACAUAUUUUCUCAUCAUCCUCCUCUUCGGUCCCUACAUCGAACGGUUCCUGUUUUGCGGGUCAGUAGUAGUUAUCCGGCUGGUUUGGAUGAGACGGACAUUGAACUGGGGCGUUUGCUGUCUCUAUUGCCGGAGGAGAUGCGGAGACGGGUGAGUGAGCAUCCGGAGGUGCAGAUGUUGAUCGAAGUGGUUAUGGAUUUAGGGAGGAAACCGUUGGCUCGUUUUCCUUCCGGGGAUUUUGUUAUAUCGGAGUAUCCAAUCACUGUUGAGGAUAUUCAGUAUGCUACUGCUCAGGUUGGUGAUUUUGCUGUUGACAAUCGAGCAGGAAUCAGUAGAACAUUGCAUAGGAUAAGUGCUAUUAGAAAUCGGAAAGGUACAAUUAUUGGUCUUACUUGUCGUGUUGGUAGAGCAAUUUCAGGAAGUGCUAAAUUGUUGCAAGAUUUGGUUCAAGAUGGGUCUUCUUUGUUGCUUAUUGGGCCUCCAGGUGUAGGAAAAACUACAAUCAUUAGGGAAAUAGCUCGGAUGCUGGCAAAUGAUUACAACAAGCGUGUCAUGAUUGUUGAUACUUCUAAUGAGAUUGGUGGUGAUGGUGAUAUACCUCAUGCUGGAAUAGGUACUGCUCGACGUAUGCAAGUUCCUAAUUCUGAUAUGCAACAUAAGGUAUUGAUAGAGGCUGUUGAAAAUCACAUGCCACAAGUGAUUGUAAUUGAUGAAAUUGGUACCAAACUUGAAGCAAUGGCUGCAAGUACAAUUGCACAGCGUGGGAUUCAGCUCGUUGCCACUGCUCAUGGAAUCACAAUUGAGAAUCUAAUCAGCAAUCCUUCCUUAGAGAUGCUUGUCGGAGGAAUACAGAGUGUGACACUCGGAGAUGAAGAGGCCAGCCGCAGGGGUGUUCAGAAGACAGUACUGGAGAGGAAAGGCCCAUCAACAUUUAGUUGUGCAGUUGAGAUUAUUUCAAAGACACAGUUGCGCAUUCACCGCAGCCUUGAAGCAACUGUGGAUGCUAUUCUUUCAGGUCGUCUUCCAAAUGUAGAAGUGCGUAAAAUGAAGUCUCAAGAGCAGGAAGAGAUUUUACAAAAGGGACCUGUUAUUAACAGCCCUCUUGAAAAUGGUGGUGAAAUUAUGCUUGAAGAUGCUCCAGAAAGAGCUGAUGUCCAAACCAGGCAAGAUGAAUCACCUUUGAUGUUGCCUAUCGACAUGUUAGAGGAUUCUUGGGAGCACAGAUUGCCACUUCGUCUAUUUUGUUACGGGAUUUUAGAGGCAACUGUUAUUCAAGGGGUUAAACAGUUGAAAAUGAAUGAUGCGGACCUUCAAUUGACUGAUAAUAUUAGUGAGGCGAACGCUUUACUUGCCUUGCAAUCAAAGCUAAAGAAGAAUUCAAAGAUCCAAGCUGCCUUCAAAUCUAAUGAUAUUCCCAUUUAUGUGACAAAGACAAGUUCGUUGGAGCAUGUAACAAAAGCCAUACGAGCAUUACUAAGUGAUUAUGAAGAUGGGUUAAUUGUUUUUGGAUCAAUUGAUAAGAUAAAAGAUUCGGAGAAGGCUGAUGCUUUGGAGGAGGCAAGAAUGGCUAUAGAGCAUGUAGUGAUUCCUAAGGGAGAACCUGUGGAUCUACUACCAAGGUCAUAUCCGGUAGUAUCACUUCAGCUGGACCUUGUUCGUAGCUAUCAACUAGAAGCAAGGAGAAUCUGUCGAGAGUCAGAUGUACAUCAUCUGCGCAUCCUGCCAUCCCAUUACGGGUCGGAUGAAAUGAUAACUAGUGAAACUUCUGAGUUCGAUGAUGAAAGUGAAUUUGAUGAUUUUACCUCCUCCAAUGGCAGUUCCAAUGGCUCACUGAACAACUUCAAUAGAUUGCCUUUACUGCCCGAGUAGUUAACAUGUUCGCUUGAUUGCAUAUGUUAUAUCUUGGACUAAACUUACCUAUGGAUAGGUGCUGUUCUUUAGUAAAUAUUUAUAAUGUUUAUAACUGUCUAUAAUUCCCUUAAAGCACAUAAAUCUCUCAACAUUUCAUGUCUGCAUGUCAUACUUAUGAGUAGAGAACAACAUCUAUGGUAUUUUAUGUAAGUUUUCUCUUGUGUAUACUUGCGCAUACUUUAUAUUA